AUGGUUGGUCAACAGCGAAUGAAGGAAAGCACAUCGGAUUUAUGUACCGAGAACGGUUCAUUUGGUUCUCCUGGAUCACCGAAAAGUCGAUUAGCUAUGCUUAAAAGAUCGUCCACCAAAUCGAAAGCGACCAUUAAUAAUGAUCCAUUCCGGUUCCAAGGUGAUGGCGUUGAUUUCAAGGGUAAAUUUAUUGGUGUACGAGACGUUACCGAAGCUCGAGGUGAUACAAUGUGUGCUGAAGCUAUGCGAUUAGCUAAAGCCGCUGUGAAAAGUUCAGGCCAGCAUAAACAAAGAAUCGUUUUAAAUAUUUCAAUCGAUGGCCUAAAAAUUAAGGAUGAAAAAUCGCAGAUGACUUUAUAUAAUUUCCCAGUUUCAAGAAUAUCCUUUAUUGCUCGAGAUACAACCGAUGCUCGAGCUUUUGGUUUCAUUUUUGGCGCAUCUGACAAUAAAUAUAAAUUUUAUGCUGUAUUAUCGAUUCGCGAUAUGUUCCAAAUAGUAUUCGAAAUGAAGAAGGCACAUCUGGCUCAAGUCAAACAGAAGCAAGAGGAACAGCAGAAAAAGGAUCAACCGGUUGUUGAAAAUGGCGUUCGAAUUGAUAAUGGGGUAGCAGUUGCUGAUUUGCUUGAUCUCGAAUCUGAAUUGCAUAAUAUUGAACAGGGUGUUAAUCAGCUUCAAAAUAUUCCUACAUUUGCUGAGGAUUCUUGGCCGAACGCUGAUGCAUUUUCCACAACAUUGCAACCAUCCUUUCCGCCUCCAGCAUUUGCACCUUAUGGAGCAAUUCCAACCGCAUUCAGUAAUACACCAGUUGAUCCAUUCGGCGAUUCGUUUAAUCCUAAUUCUGCUUUGCCUUCUGCUAUUUCUUCAUAUCAGAUGGCCAGUGCAUGGCCUCAUAUAAGCAGUGUUCAUUCAGCUCCGAAUUUUCAAAGUAUACCGUUUUCAGAAACGAAUCCUUUUUCAUUUUCUUACAACCUUGCCCAACAUAAUGGUCAAAAUGGUGCCAUGCCAUCAGAUCCUUUUGAUACUCAUUCGGCGCAACAAAUAAUCAAAGAAUCGCUUGCUCAGCGUCAAAUCAAUUCAGUUAAUUGGCCGACGAAUGAAAACUCUGUUCCUCCUUCUCAUAAUGAGAACAGAUCUCAGUGGACGGAACCUAGGAAAGUGACAUCGCUUGAAGAAGCAUUCACGAAGCUUGUGGAUAUGGAUUCUCUUGUGUCGGGUCCUGAUAUUAAGAAAAAUCCAUUUGAGGAUCUACUAAAUCCACCUAAGGUGCCGAUCGCAGCGAUGGCUAAUAAUCGCACAUCAUGUAUGCCUGCUCGCAGUGCUGUGCCAACACUUGUUUGUCCUGGUGCCAGUAAUGAUCCCUUCAACGAUGAUUUCUUCAAUUAA